CACGGUAACAUGGCGAUGAAUGCUAUGAAGGGAAUGGUCGGCGGUGCCAUGAAUGACUUCUCAACUGCGUUUGGCGGCUCUAAAACAGCAGCUUCUCGUGAACAUGCCCUCGCCGUGAGUCGGGACUAUAUUUCCCAGCCACGUCUAACAUACAAGACAGUGGCGGGAGUGAACGGCCCCCUGGUCAUAUUGGAUCAAGUCAAGUUCCCCAGGUAUGCAGAGAUUGUGCACCUCACCCUCCCCGAUGGCACCAAGAGGAGCGGGCAGGUGCUGGAGGUCACCGGCUCUAAGGCUGUCGUGCAGGUAUUUGAGGGAACCUCUGGCAUUGAUGCUAAGAAGACCAGUUGUGAGUUCACAGGUGACAUCCUUCGCACGCCAGUGUCUGAAGAUAUGCUUGGUCGAGUAUUCAACGGCUCGGGCAAACCCAUUGACCGUGGACCUGCCGUUCUGGCUGAAGAUUACCUGGAUAUUAUGGGCCAGCCCAUUAACCCUCAGUGCCGUAUCUACCCCGAGGAGAUGAUCCAGACUGGUAUCUCCGCCAUUGACGGCAUGAACAGCAUCGCCCGAGGACAGAAGAUCCCCAUUUUCUCAGCUGCCGGCCUGCCCCACAACGAGAUUGCUGCCCAGAUCUGUCGCCAGGCUGGACUGGUGAAGAAGUCCAAAGACGUGAUGGACUACAGUGAAGAGAACUUUGCCAUUGUCUUCGCUGCCAUGGGGGUGAACAUGGAGACUGCAAGGUUCUUCAAGUCUGACUUUGAGGAGAAUGGAUCCAUGGACAAUGUUUGUCUUUUCCUGAAUCUUGCCAAUGAUCCCACGAUCGAGCGCAUCAUCACUCCGCGCCUGGCACUGACCUCAGCCGAGUUCUUGGCCUACCAGUGUGAGAAGCACGUCCUGGUCAUCUUGACGGACAUGAGCUCCUAUGCAGAGGCCUUGAGAGAGGUGUCUGCUGCCAGGGAGGAGGUGCCCGGCAGGAGGGGUUUCCCCGGCUACAUGUACACAGAUCUGGCCACCAUCUACGAGCGAGCCGGCCGCGUGGAGGGCCGCAACGGCUCCAUCACCCAGAUCCCCAUCCUCACCAUGCCCAACGACGAUAUCACCCAUCCCAUCCCUGACCUGACUGGCUACAUUACAGAGGGCCAGAUCUACGUUGACAGACAGCUACACAACCGACAGAUCUAUCCUCCAAUCAACGUGCUCCCGUCCCUGUCUCGUCUGAUGAAGUCGGCCAUCGGUGAAGGAAUGACACGCAAAGACCAUGCCGAUGUAUCCAAUCAAUUGUAUGCGUGCUAUGCCAUUGGUAAGGACGUGCAGGCCAUGAAGGCGGUGGUGGGAGAGGAGGCUCUGACGGCCGAUGACCUGCUCUACCUGGAGUUCCUGCAGAAGUUUGAGAAAAACUUCAUCGCCCAGGGGGCCUACGAGAACCGCAGUGUGUUUGAGACUCUGGACAUCGGUUGGCAGCUGAUGCGUAUCUUCCCCAAGGAGAUGCUGAAGAGGAUUCCCCAGACCACACUAGCUGAGUUCUACCCUCGAGAUUCCAAGCACUAACCACCCACCCACCCCCCGUCUUUAUGCUGCCCCGGAAGCCAUGAAACCCCCACACCUCCCCCACCGCACCCUCUCCUCAGCUCUGUAUGCUAUGCGAGCACAGUCCUGUCCUAUCGUCUCCUCUCCACUUUCCUCCUUUCUUCUCCCUCAUUUCCUUUCCUCUCUUCUCCUUUCCCCUCCUCUCAUUCUUGUCUUCUCUUCUGUCUCUGCUCUUUAUUUUUUACCUUAUUCUCUCUCUCUCUCUCUCUCUCUCUCUCUCUCUCUCUCUCUCUCUCUGUCCCACUGCGCUCCAUGGUGUACACUGCUUCAGGUCCUGCUGCUCUGUUCCGCUGUGGUGUAAAUGCUCCUUGCUCUCAUCAAAUGUGGUUUGGCCAUACACCUGCAAACAGUGCCAUUGCUCCACCGACCUUAACUUCAUCUCUGCUUUUCAGUAGCCAUGUUGGGAAAACAAACGCAUACACGCGCACACACUUUUCACAGUUGACAAAUCAGAGUGUAGAUAGAGCUUUCUUUCCAGUGGAGCAGGGAGUGGAUUUGGCACGUGUGUGUAUCUGUCUUGAAGUAUCACACCGCUUAAAAACCAUGAUAGCCCAAGACAGUCUGCUGCGGUCUGAAGAUGUGACUUGCCUUCAGUCUCCAAUUGCAGUCAAGGUUAUAUAGUGAAUCAGUUGAAUUUGUCUCUCUACAUAGUACAGGUAAUACAACUUCUAUGUAACAAGUGGGAAGGGAUUCUAUUCACUCUUUGCAUGAUGUGUUUCUAAGCCACAAGAGCGAGGACGAGCCCUUAUUGGUCUGAAUGGGACAGAUUAUUAAGUGUCUCUUCAAUGUAUACAAUUUAACACACUUUUCCAUUAACUUUCCGUUCCAAAAAAGAAGAUGGCUAAGAUUCUUAAUUGUGAAGGUAGUAUGAAAAUAUUUAAGACACAAAGAGGAAAAGUAAGCAAUUAAGAAUUGAUUAUCCAUCCUGUAGAACACUGGCAAACAAGUUCUUAUUCUCAUUUUUAUUGUUUAUUAUUUUAUAAUUUUACUUUUUAUUUUCGGGGUAACAAGCGUUAAAGCUUCAUUGUAUUUUUCUACAGUGAUAUGAAAGCCGAUUGGCAACCAGCCAUGUUCUGGCAAAUCUCAUUUGGGCCACACUUACGUUUGAAGUUUACAGUGGAAUGUCAAAGAAGUGGAGUUACUGUGUUGCAUAGAUUUAUUUAUUUUAUUAUAUGUGCCAUGAAAUGCUAAGAGUAUGGUGUAACAUGUAAUGUAUGUACAGUACAAGUAUAUCAUGUGAAUCCCAACAGGUGUCUUCAUGUAAAUGUCUUAUUUCAUGAUUUUUUUUUUGUGUACGGAUGUGCAAGUUGUUUUUUGUCAUUGCAUGCUGAUUUUGUUGUUCACGUUAUUGUAUGGUGUGACUGUUGGUGGAUUAAAUAUAAAUCUGACUGAAAA